ACCCUCGCACCCUCCGCUAUUAAUUACUCAUUAAAGUGGUAGAUGUAGCAGACGAAACAUUUCCUUCUGCACACUAAAGCAGGCAGCCGAAUUAAUUUCUUUAUUUUUUCCUUCUCGUAAGACCGAGACCUCCUCGUUGUACCGCCAUCACGACCCUACUGCGUUUUAUCAUGCUACCGCCCUGCAUGCAGUGGCAUUUCCCUCACAGGCAUUCCAGAAUGAACCGGGCUGUGGCCACCUGCUGGAUAUUCCUGCUUCUCUCAGCUUUCCUGUGUGACCAGGUGAUGUCCAAAGGGGGCAGAGGGGGUGCCAGGGGCUCUGCCCGCGGGAGUGCGCGUGGAAGCCGCACGUCCCGCGCCCGCGGCUCCUCCUCGGUGCGUGUGGCGGCGGCUGCCGCUGCCGGUGCCGCCGUGGCACUGGGCACAGGAGGCUGGUACGCUUCUGCCCAGCGCCGCCCGGAUGACAGCUCGGAGCGUGGGGAUGAUUAUUACAGCAACAGAACAGAAUGGGAGCUUUACUUUGCCAGGACAUCCUGCGCAAUGUCCCGUGACUUCACGUACAGUGAACUAUUCUCACUACUACUGCCAAUAAACUUUAUGAUUCCUUAAGUACGAUAUACUGUUGUAGGGGCUUGAUAAGCUACGUCCUGUAAAGUACUGUGCAAUGUGUACUCCUAACAUGUUUAACAGCGUACCCUGGUGCACUUCACAACAGCAACUGCACUUAUUAGUGGCCUCGGGAACCCGACUCGUGCUCCAAACAUGCAUACGGUAAGGUAAACAAACCAAAUUAAUUUUGUGCAGAUUUUGCUUCAGUAGAAGCAGUAGCAAGAAACUCUAACAACACAGAAUACCUACAACAUGUCCGGAGACCACAUCCCAGAAACAAAGCUGUUAGAACUGUAAAAUACUUUGGCUUAUCCUUGUUGUAUGUGUGCACGGGAUGUGAGAUCACCACGAUAAACAGAUUCAUCUCUACAACCAACACACAUACCCAAUUCCUUCAGAUUGUGCACUCAGUGAGAAAACUAGUGUUUGGAUUCCGUGUCUGUGGGUUUUGUUUUGUUUUUUGUACAUUGUAUGGAGGUGAAAUCUCAGUAGUUUGUAAUAUUUUUUUUACAUUUUAAUCGAAUAGUAUUAAGUGCAGAUUUGUAAGACUUCUGGUAACACAGUAUAACAUUUAAUAUCACAUAGAUAACCUUUAGGUAAGGUUUCUGAAACAGAACCGUUUUAUGAUUACUGAAGAUAAAAUGGUAAAAUAAACAUGCCACCCGGCUGCUGGAUGAGGUACAUCUUAAUCAGACGAUCCUUCCCUCCACAGCUAUAACAGUUCUGUACAGUAUAUGACUGCAGACGAUUCUCUGUAGUAUCAUCUUUCUAAUAAGAAUGAAGACUUACUGAUAAUAUUUAUGCCAGCUGUAAUAUUGCCAGCAUCUUUGUUUAUAGGCAUUAAGACACGAUUUCUUAAUUUUGUUAUCCUUGAAACGGAAAACUCUCACGUUGACACUACCAGAUUAUGUUUUCUAGUGUUGACUUUAAGUGUGACUGCCUAGAAUAUUUAAAAAGCAUGACCAUAGCAAGAAAUGCCAUUGCUGUAUUGCACUUGUGUUGAUUAAAAUUAAGUCUAGUUAUAACGGAGCAAGAUCAUUACAUAGAAGAAG